GCUGUCUAUUAUUUCACGCCGCAAUCCUUACAUCGGUCAAUCAAGGGCCCGAAGGCAAGAACGAUUAUUAUACCGAGUUUGGCGAUACAAGCGCCGCCGGAUGACGGUAUAUCUAGCACGAAUAAUGUCGUGACAUGUCCACCAAGUUCCCCACUCACUCACUCCCAUCCCUCGAAUAUGACCAUAGUCUCGAACGAUCCCAGCUUGUGGCCGGUACUCAAUUUGGAUCGUUUCUUCAGCUAUUUUUUAGGUUCGUGGAGGUCCAGUCGGAUGAUGUUGGUAAUGACUCGAUCUAACCUUGACGGCGGUUUUACAGUUGCCUCAUUCGCUGCGAUGGUAUAUGAUUGGGCACUGACACUCGGACAUGAGAUUGAACUCAUCUGGAGACAACGCUGGUCCCUCAUGACGAUUCUAUAUGUCACUGUACGCUACAUUGGAAUACCUUACACUUAUCAACAUGUUGGUAGGCCUUCCAUCGGUUUCGCUGACAGAUAUAGGGUGAGUCAAACUCCCGUCCAGCGUGUUGGUAUAAUGAUGGCAACGGCUGUGAGCAACAACAUGAACUUCGCAUUAAAUUGGACAAAUGUGGUCGUAACUGCCAUGCUAGAUGUCAUCGUGAUUGCUCGGUUAUAUGCCAUGUAUCAGGGUUCGAAAAAGAUGCUUAUCUUUCUCGUUGUAAUCUUCCUGGCUGUCAACAUCGCCUGUGGAGUGCUCACCGGAAGAGGAUUCAAGUAUGUUGUAGGGGAGGAGUUAAUCUUCUCUGGCACCUACAUCUGCGGUUACGACCACGAGGGAGACGUCGACAUUCUGAUUUCAGCUGUUUGGAUACUCACCGCUGUAUGGGAGGUCCUCGCCCUGUGUCUUGCAGUCUGGAUUGCUGUAAAACACUUCCGUGACCUGCGAUCGCUGGGACCAUCAACAGGAUCGAUCAUCGAGAACUGUUUCACAGUGUUGAUAAAAUCCCACAUGCUUUACUUUGCAAGCUUUGCUGCUGUUGCUUCCCUCCAGGUUGGUUAUCUCUCUCCGAUGCUCGCGGAGUCACUUUCCGCAGGAUCUACAUAUGUUGGUAUCCUUCAAAUUCUCUCGGCCAUGCAGAUGUUUGUGCUGGGACCACGCCUCAUCUUUAGCGUUCGAGAAUAUAAUGCUAAGCUCGUGGCCCACUCUGACUCAGCAACUGGCAUGGCUUCAAUUGUCUUCCAGGAGCGCGUACAUGUGUCAACUAGUAGUAGUGUGUAG